AUGUCAACACAACAACAACAACAACAACAACAACAACAAGGUACAUCUGCACAACGCUUUGUUCAAUUCAAACUAGUCCUUUUAGGUGAAAGUGCAGUUGGUAAAUCAUCCAUCGUACACAGAUUUGUCAAAAACACAUUUGACGACGCUAGAGAAUCCACCAUUGGAGCUGCAUUUUUAACUCAAUCAAUCACAAUACCGGAAUCACAAACAACUGUCAAAUUUGAAAUAUGGGACACUGCAGGCCAGGAACGUUACAAAUCACUAGCACCCAUGUAUUAUCGAAAUGCCAAUGCUGCGUUAUGCGUGUACGAUAUCACUAGUCGCAAUUCUUUUGCUAAAGCCCAAGACUGGAUCAAGGAGUUGAAGAAACAAGCACCAAGCGAGAUUGUGGUGGCCUUGGUGGGGAACAAGGUGGAUUUGCAAGAUAAUAGAGAAGUGCAACUGGAGGAGGUGGAUGAAUACAUUUCAGAGUUACAAAGCGAUGGAUUCAAGAUCAUCAAAGCGGAGUGUUCAGCAAAGAAUGGUGAUGGAGUAGUGGAUCUUUUUGAAGCUAUAAGUAGAGCACUACCAGUGGAGGAAACACUUGCUGCAAAUGCAAAUAGAUCGAGGCAUGGGGAAGCUGGAGGAAGAAGACCAGGUGGGGUUGACUUGAAUAGACCUAAACGUGCACAAGCUCAAAGUAACUCGUGUUGUUAG